AUAUCGAUCGCGUCCGCGGCCGCCGCAGUCGAGCAGCAACAGCCAGGCAAGAUGGUGGAGUCAGAGCUUAUGAAAGCGAACCGGGAUGAAAGCUUUAAGACAUUCCUUUGGAACUCCGAAACCAAACAGUUCCUCGGCCGUACCGGAUCGUCAUGGCUGAAGAUCGGCAUUUUCUAUCUGAUCUUCUACGCCUGCCUCGCCGGUUUCUUCGCAAUCAUGAUGGCCAUCUUCUACCAGACUCUUGACGUCAACCAUCUUCCCAAGUACACUCCCGGUGACGGCGGAUCCAUCCUCAAGAACCCAGCCAUGGGUUUCAGACCCUUGCCAAGAGCUGAGAAUGUCGAGUCCACCCUGAUCUGGUACAAGAACGGUGACAGUGCUGACAUCGAGCAUUGGGUCGACUCCCUCAAUGAGUUCAUCAAGCCCUACGAAGGCACCAGCGAUAUGAUUUCUGGCCAGCACGUAACCGACUGCUCCGAGGACAAGCUGCCUGCAGAUGGCGAGGUCUGCCGCUUCCAGGACACCUGGCUGAAGGGCAAAUGCCAGAAGGCCGAGAGCUGGGGUUACAACCGUGAAUCUCCUUGCAUUUUGCUCAAGCUUAAUAAGAUGAUCAACUGGGUUCCCGACGUGUACACUAGUGUGGAUGAGCUCCCCGCAGAGAUGCCCCAGUCUCUGAAGGAUCACAUCCAGCAGCGCACAGACGACAACCAAGGAAAAGUACCUAAGAUGAUCUGGGUAUCCUGCAAGGGAGAGAACCCAGCCGAUGAAGAAUACGUCGGUCCCAUCACGUACUCACCAUGGCAAGGAUUCCCCGCAUAUUACUUCCCCUACAGGCAUACCCCAGGCUACCUGCCACCUAUUGUUGCUGUGCAGUUCGAACAGCCCCAGUCUAACGUUCUUAUUAAUAUCGAGUGCCGCGCUUGGGCAAAGAACAUCGGCCAUGACCGUAGCAACCGCCUCGGUCUGGUGCACUUCGAACUGCUCAAGGACUAGAUUCGCUAAUGCAGCAACAUCACUCGAGAAAUAGAGGACUGCACCCCAACAUCAAUUUGAAAGUGACAGUUUUUUGCAUUUUUAAAUUAGCGUAACCUUUUUAUUCUUUUAUUUUUUAAAUGCCUGCAUCCAACAUAUACCGUACUGUAUUAAUCGUGUUCAGUCAUGUGGUACAAAUUUUUAUGUUUUUUUUUUAAUCGCCGGUAUUUAGGAUUAAAGGGUUAAGCAGGAAAUUUUGAAAUACAAGUUAAUUGUAUGUCCUCCUGUAUUCUCUUUGUUAAUAAGUUAUUUUAAAUUCGUGGAACGUGUUAUGAUUGUUGUAAAAGUUUUAUGGAACGAAGGAAACCACAGGGGACGAAAUUAUCUCAAAUUCCAAAUUUUUAUUUUUGUCUAUGUCAGUUAAAAAAAAAGGUGCCACAAGAAAUGUUGCUUGAGCUGAUGUAAGUUGUCACAUUGUGUAUUCAUUGUGUAAAUGUAAAUGUUGCGAGAUUUCCUGCUGAGUGUGCAGUACGUAGAAUAAUGAAGAGUAGUCCUGUUGCAAAUCUUUGUUCAAAGUUCAUGUAAAUAGCCUUAUACGCAGAUGAAGAUUAUAUUUCAACACGUGCAAUCGAUUAUGUGUACAACUGCCCUGCAACAUGGUGGAUCCUGAUGCAGACAUAGAUAAUGCACAGAAGAACAGCACCGGUUCAGAAGUUGCCUCAUUGGGUUCUCAAUCCGGGGGUUCACUUCUAAUCAACCACAAAAGACAAGUAACUAUUUAUAUGCCGCUCGUAUGCAGUUGAUUCAUUGCAUAGGGUCUUCAGCAAUAGCAUAAAGUUUUUUUGAAGGCUUUGAGCUUCAAGUAUGCAACCUUUUUGGCAUUUAUUUAGGGCUAGGAAGAUCCUCUUGUCUCACAAUGCACGAAAGAUAGUAAUGACAAAACGUCUGGCAUCACUGACCACCCAUGUUGUUCGUCAGGUUCACUUUUAUUCAUGAAUAUUGGGUCCAUCUCGGAUAUAUGAUUACCCACCAUUGUUCUGUUAUUGAGCAAUAAAGAUCCUAAUUACCAAAAAA